UUUCGGAUUGGGACCCACACGCUCUGCUAGUACUUGCUUCCGAUUCCAAGGAUAGCUACCAAUAAUGGGCUUCCAUGCCCCAAGACCAUCUUCUCUUCUAAAACCCUAAAUUUACCAUACCCAUCUCGAAAUCUCUCAACACUAUGCUAUGCCGGUACUUCAGCUCUCUUCCAGGGCUCCGAAACUUAUCAAAAAUUCCUUCAAAGUAUAGGCCCAAAGCAAUCCGUGAAGCUCAGCAGGCUCUCACAGACUACCUCCACUCCACGAGGUUAUUGCCGUUCGCCUACGCCGAGCACAUUAGCAAGAAUUCCCUCGUCUCUCUUUCCAAUCUCAUUGCCAGCAUUGACUUCUCGGCCUCUGAUUUCUCCAGGUCCGUGAGAAAAUUCCUCAGGUACCAUCCCAUCAACGAAUUCGAGUUCUUUUAUGAAAGCAUUGGUAUCGAUUACAAUGAGGUUCACGGGUUUUUGCCCACAAAAAAUUUUUUCUUUUCUGAGGAUGGAAGUGUGUUAAGUGCAGCUUGUGCGCUUGCUGGGUUUGGGUUUCCAUGGAACAAGUUAGGCAACUUGUAUAAGGAGGAGAGUUCUAUUUUUAGUAGAGGUUCGGAGGAGUUAUCCUCUAGGCUUGAUGGGUUUAGGGAAUAUGGAUUUAGUAAUAUUUCAGUGAUUGGUAUUUGUCUGGCUUUUCCUUACGUGUUGAGUGGUGAAUUGGUUGGGGAAAUUGAUGCUUUAUUUGAUGAUAUGAAAAGGUUCUUUUUAGACUUCGAUAUGGGGAGUUGCGUUGAAGGAAAUGUGGAUGCUUGGUAUGAGAUUUGUAUGAAAAUUCGGGUGUUCUAUGAUUUGGGUUUUGAGAAGGGGAAGCUAGGGGAUUUGAUAGGUAAGAGUAAAAGCAUUUUUGUCGAUUAUCCAGUGAAGGUUUUUGUGCAAAAGGCUGAGUUUUUUGGUAGAUUUGGUGUUAGAAAUGAAGAUGUUGGCCUGUUGCUACUUCAGAGACCGGAAAUUUGGAAUUAUGAUAUGGAAAAGCCCUUGAUUUCAGUUAAAGGAUUACUUAAACAUUUUGGAUUUAGUGAUGAAGAGGUAAUAGUUAUUGCCCACAAGUACCCUCAUGUAUUGGGCAGAAAUAAAAUGGCAAAUUUACCUCACGUGAUGAGAGCUAUGGAUUUGCAUGUGUGGUUUUUCAAUAAAAUCAAGGAUGGAAAUCAUCAAUUAAUAGCUAGUUAUGCAAUGAGAGACCCUGAUGAAGAUUUGGAUAAAGAAUUUAGUGAUAGCUUGGAGAGGAUUCGAGUUUCGAGAACCCCUACUCAUACAAUGUACAAAGUGGAUUUUUUGCUUGGAAUUGGAUUUGGAGAAAAUGCUUUAACUGCCAAGGUCUUGGCCCAUAUGCAUGGUACUAGUAGUGAACUGCAGGAGCGAUUUGAUUGCCUUCUUCAUUUGGGGAUUGCAUUCUCGAAGCUCUGUAUGAUGAUAAGAACGAUGCCAAAGAUCCUAAACCAAAAGCCAGAAAUGCUAGAGCAGAAAGUGAACUUCCUCUGCCAGGAUUUGGGAUCCUCAUUGCAGGAACUGGAUAUAUUUCCAGCAUAUCUGUGUUUUAAUUUGGAGAGCCGAAUUAAACCCAGGUGCAGAUUCCAUAUGUGGCUUACAGAUAAAGGUUUGUGUACACGUAAGUACUCCAUGGCAAGUAUUGUUGCAACUAGCGAAAAAAAUUUUGUUGCUCGCAUUUAUGGAAUUCACCCAGCUGCUCUAAAACAUUGGUUUGAAUGUUUCUCAUACUAAACACCAGUUGAUGAAUGAAAAGUGCAUUAGACACUGAUUUGGUCAAUGCAGCUUAUUAGCACUUCAGUGUGGACAGGGAAUUUGUUUGUUACAAUUAUGGAAUCAGUAUAUAGAAAUUUAUCAUUUAAACCUUCCUGGAUUGACAUACUGUAUUUUUAGAUUUAUUAAUAGCCAUGACUGGUGCAAGAAAUGUUUUCCA